AUGGAAUUUUUCUCAGUGUACCUCUAUACUUGCUACCAUUUCUCUCUGUGUACCUCUAUACUUGCUACCAUUUCUCUCUGUGUACCUCUAUACUUGCUAACAUUUCUCUCUGUGCCUCUAUACUUGCUACCAUUUCUCUCUGUGUACCUCUAUACUUGCUACCAUUUUUCUCUUCCUCUAUACUUGCUAACAUUUCUCUGUGUGCCCUCUAUACCUAACAUUUCUCUCUGUGUGCCUCUAUUUCUCUCUGUGUACCUCUAUACUUGCUACCAUUUCUCUCUGUGUACCUCUAUACUUGCUUUCUCUCCUCUAUACUUGUACCAUUUCUCUCUGUGUACCUCUAUACUUGCUACCAUUUCUCUCUGUGUACCUCUAUACUUGCUACCAUUUUUCUCUGUGUACCUCUAUACUUGCUACCAUUUCUCUCUGUGUACCUCUAUACUUGCUACCAUUUCUCUCUUUGUACCUCUAUACUUGCUACCAUUUCUCUCUGUGUACCUCUAUACUUGCUACCAUUUCUCUCUGUGUACCUCUAUACUUGCUACCAUUUCUCUCUGUGUACCUCUAUACUUGCUACCAUUUCUCUCUGUGUACCUCUAUACUUGCUACCAUUUUUCUCUGUGUACCUCUAUACCUGCUACCAUUUCUCUCUGUGUACCUCUAUACCUGCUACCAUUUCUCUCUGUGUACCUCUAUACCUGCUACCAUUUCUCUCUGUGUACCUCUAUAUUUGCUACCAUUUUAACUUUUAUUCCCUUUAUUUGCUUCUUGUUAUUCCUUUUCUAA